GCGAAGAUUACGCGGGUCAAUUAUUUAAACAGACACUGCACACAAAUUUUAAAGGCGUCUCUGCUAUUCAUACGUUCAAUUGUCAAUGCUAUGCAGCAGUCUCAACCCUUUGGACAAUGAUUAAAUACUCUGACUCGGAUCCAGAAAAAACAGACAAAAUCGAAGUAUUGAUGUAGGUGUACGGAAAUUUCUAGUGGAGUCUGUGAGGAACAGACGACGCUGUCUCGGAGGAGCUAGCACUCUACAAUCUGGAAACCUUCGAUAGAAUUCAUAAUUUCGGAGCUGAACUUUCUUUGCAGGAGUGGUGAAUGAUGUUUGUAAGUGAUUCCGACUUUCAUUAUGACUAAAUUAAUACGAAUCACAUCACAUGCAAACUGUGUCAAGGAUUGAGAAACAGUGUCUGCCAAAUUCUUUGCAGCAUCUUGUCUACAGAUACGAGCCAUGAGCUCUUACUGACGUAUGCCAAGCUUCAUGAGGCAAUGUGAAGAAAAGUGCCGCGUUCGCUCUGCGUGUGUGUUCAUUCGGCUAUUUUGAUGGAAGAGACAAACCACUUGUAGGAAAGACUAGUGAUGCGAACGUUGAUCCGAGUAGAUUUCUUAGGACUACGAGAGCGAAGACAAAAUUGGGCUGUUGAGCAUUCUUCCGAGCGAAUGCCAUUCAAGAGAAUGCUUCGUGGAGAGAUUAGAGUGGUAGAGAGAGAGGAGACACUAUUUCAUCUUUCUAGAGAAUGCUCAAACAGAGCUACCGAGGCAUCCAUGCCGAAGCAGACUGUAAGAGCUUGAAACUUUGUUUCCAGCGUCUGUAACUCCUCGUUUCCUCGCCCUGUUCACCGACGACCUAGGACAUUCUGGUGUAGCUUGGAGACUUUUCUGGACAACUUACGGGCGCUGCCUUUGUACGAAAGGUGAGCAAAUUGAGAAGCAGGAAAAAGGACACACAGGCCUUUGCUUGCAUAAGAGACUGGAGAACAGUGGUCCGAGUCCUGGGUCUUCUGUCAAGCCGACUAUCUACCGCGUGUCCGCUGUAGGAUCAGUGAGACUUGUCAACCCUAUCUGCCAUCGACUGAACUCAUGUUCGUCGCUCGCGAUGGGUCGAUCUUACUGAUUCGGCUUUUUAAGUUGUUGUUCGUCUGAGGGUGCUCUUACUCUCUAGUUGCCAACGUCUCGUGCGGCAGCUACUUUCUUGCGUGGUGACCGGGUAUUUCGUGGCUGCUUGCCCGUGUCCGAAGAUCCUUCGAGCGUGGUACGUGAAGAACAUCUCAGACCAUGGCUGUGCACUUGAAAAUGCGCUAUCUGAACAUCAAGCAGGGGAUUGUAUAAGACUUCUGCACGUAUAGGACAGGAAGGUCGGAGUUUCUGCUUGUCAUUGGAGCUCUCCCCUUUUUUUCGAGCAAGGGAGACGAAAUCGAAGGCAGUCAACAUUUGCCCUUCUUAAUUAGGUCCAGCUCGCAGGUGUUUUUUCAGUUGCACAACAUUUGGGGAACGAUGGAAGCAAAGUUCACGAGGUUGGCUGCUUUCUCGAGGCUUGUUUUAAUAUGCCUUGUGCUGUGCGAAGUGUUGAAGCCGGUGGGAGGUGCAAAGUUUGUUGUGGGGGCAAACUUUGUGAGCGGUGCUCUUUGGACAAAUGACCCGGGUCCAAGUCACAGCAAUACGACUCUGGUCGAACAGUACGAGAUGUGGGCCAAAUCCGUCAAGAUUUCAGUCGGGGACACACUCCAAUUUUUGUAUGAUGAUUCUCACACGGUUGUUUUGGUUUCUACGAAAGAGAUGUAUGACUCGUGCAAUUAUGCAACUUACACGGAUGUGACUAGUCCAACUCCUCCCACACUAUAUAUCGUCAAUGACACUCAGCCUCUGUACUUUGUAUGCUCAAUUGACAAGCAUUGUGCAGAAGGCCAGAAAGUAGCUAUUACAAAUAUUUUACCUGCUAGUAGCCCUACUCCAUCCGUGUAUCCUGCACCGCCCCCGGCCUUUUCAAAUGGAGGACGACUUAUGGGGUCACUUGACAGAUUGCGCUCAUGUUGGACAGUAGCUUCAUCUACGUUUAUGUUUCUUUUAAGUAUUACUUAAGCCAUUGACUGUUUCAAUUUCAAUUUCCCUUGUACAGGGCGUGAGGCUAACCAAACACUUUAAUUCGAUUUAGCCGCACAGUGUUGUGAAUCCAUGUUUUCGUCAGCGAACAUGUAGAGAAGACGAAGGUUCCGACACAUGGUCGGCAUUUGCAGAGAUUCUUCCCUGUGUCUACUGGGGUUUUAAAUUCGUCGGAAAUAAGAACUUUGUCUCUCCUUAACUCUUGACAACUUCUCUCAAUAUUUGUAGAGUAACAGAUGUUACCUACACAUCACGCAGCUGACCGCCAUAUGGUUUUCAAGGGAAGUGCAUUUCUUGAUAAUGAAGGAAGUGUAAUAUCAAAUGGGUCUGUUUAUGAAUCCAU